AUGACAGAAUCAAAUACGCAAGAAACAAAAUCAAAAGGUUUGAAUCAGGAUGACUUUAGAAAGUUGUUGCAAACACCAAGACCUGGUGAUGCAUCAUCUAAAGGAAUACUAGGUAUUGCAACGCCAAGACAGAGGAUACCACAAACACCAAAAAUUGGUGGUAGUGGCUCCUUUGCUAAACCGGAGAUACCUUCUUCUAAAAUAAAGAAAAGUACUCGAUUUCGCAAACUUGAAACUUCAGAUGCCGAAACAGCCGAUAAUAAAUAUCGAGAUCGGGCUGCAGAACGUCGGAAAGGUGCUAAUCCUGAUUAUCAAGAGACUGAACAAAUAUUAAAAGCUCUUAAUAGUGAAACAUUAGAAGCAAAAUUGAUUUACGAACAAUCAAAAUAUCUUGGUGGUGAUACGGAGCACACACAUUUAGUCAAAGAAGAAAGUCAAGAAACACUCAAAAUAAAUAGUCGACUUGCACGAAAUAUAUAUGAAAUUGCAAUAGUGGAAGCUAAAAAAAAACCACCAAAAGAGAAUGAAUUAUUUGUUGCGGGACGAAUGGCUUAUGUAUUUGAAUUGGAUGAUGAUAAAGAUAAUCGUAGUGAUGCGUUUGCCAUUCCAACGACUAUUAUUCGAAGUAAAGCUGAUAUUAAUAAUCCUACUGGUACGGAUAAAUCUACUAAUGAUUUAGUGAUUGAGAAAAUAUCACGAGUGAUGGCUUAUGUAAGGAAAUCUGCAAGUACGGAAAAUAAAGGGAAAAGGGUAAAAAAAAAACUUAAAGAAAAACAACCUGAAGAAAUUUUAAAAGAAAAAGUAGCAGCAAUUGAUGAAAGUGAAGAUAUUUUUGCAGAUGCUGGAAGAGAUUAUCAUAUUGUUAUGAAAGAAGAAAAACAAGACAAACGUGAGGAGGAUAACAUUAAUUCUCAAUCACAAUUAAAUGAAGAAUCAUCGGUUAGUAAGGAAACUGAUUCCAUUGAGAGGAAUUACUUUGGCGCAUCCUCACAAGAAGAGGGUGAAAAUGAUUCUAUGGAUAUUGACAAGAUACAAGAAACUCAACAAUUAAAAACUUUGAUGCAACAAGCUGUAACAGAUAAUACAGAAAAAGUCAAAGAAGAAAAUCAAAAAAAUAUAAAUAUUAGUAAUGAAAAUACCAAAUUAUCAAAAGGGAUUAAAAGGAAGCUAUAUGGUCAAGAUAGUUACGAUGGAAAUUAUUCAAUGUAUGGAAUGGAAGAAGAUACACGUGAAAAUGCUUAUGAAUCAGGACAUUCGGAUUCGGAUUCCGAUAACAUUAUGGGUAUUGAACAUACCAUUCGAGAUCAAGGUGUCACAAAGAAUAAAAAAGCUCAAUUAUCUAGGUGGGAUUUUGAUACAGAAGAAGAAUGGCAAGCAUAUAAGAAUAAUGUUACAGCGAUGCCUAAAUCAGCAUUUCAAUUUGGAGUCAAAACUGGAGAUGGACGCAGAACUCGAAGGAGUGGCAAAGAACUCACAGAAAAGCAAAAAUUGGAUAGAGAUUUCCAAAAGAUUAGUAAAAUUAUUGAGCGAAAAUAUGGUAAAGAAGAAAAUGAAUCAACUCCGAAAAAGAAACAAAAAAAAUAA